UGACUACUAUAUGAAAAAGAGAAGGAGAAGGAAGAAGGAGAAAGAGCAAGAAGAGAAGGUGUUGUGGUACUAUGGGACAAUAAACUAUAGUGUUUAUUGGAUCCCUGAGAUAUUCGAUGGUACCCUAUUUGCUGAUGUAGACUUUCUCUCUUUAUAUUCCUGCUGACGAUAUAUAUGACCUACUCUAUUCGAAACGUUUUGAAAUGCUGCUGCGUUAUGAAACUGCUUAUUUUGAUGUCUUUUUACAGCCGGUCACCAGGCCCGCGACUGCGAGUCUGCUGGCACUCCUCUUUGCUAUAACUGCGGUCAGAGCGGCCACAUUUCUCGCGACUGCAGUGGUGAACGCAAGGAGAGGGCUUGCUACAAGUGCAACGAGGUUGGACACAUCUCACGUGACUGCCCCUCUACCUCCUCUAAUGAUAAUGGUCCUGAGUGCUACAAGUGCGGCAAGUCUGGCCACAUCUCUCGCAACUGCCCUUCCGAAGGUGGUUUCCAGAGCUCCAGCCGUAGCAACAACUACAACUCUAACCAGAGUAAGACUUGCUUCACCUGCGGCGGCUACGGCCACAUGUCCCGUGACUGCACUCAAGGCGCCAAGUGCUACAACUGCGGUAACUCUGGCCACAUUUCUCGCGAAUGUCCUGAGGAGCGCAAGGAGAAGGCCUGUUACAAAUGUGGCGAGACUGGCCAUAUCUCGCGCGACUGCCCCCAGCAGGCUUAAAUUCUCGCCUGAUUUCUUCAUGCCCUACUUGCUAGGCCUCCCAAGUGUUGCGAGUUGGAAGAAAGUACUAUGAAUAUGAUCAUUUGGUUUUAAAUAAAUACUCAUCCUUGAGCAUAUUGCUUUUUGAAUAUUA